AUGAAGGAGCAGCGUGCCAAGGAGGAGCUUCGGGAGCAGCAGCGGCGAGCCGAGGAGGCAGCGGCCAUGGAGGCGGAGUAUGAAGCAGAGGAGGAUGACGACGACUUGAUGAACUUUCCUCCGAACUUCUCCGUGGUGGACGUGCAGCUGCUCCUGAGCGAUGCGGCGGUGCGCCGCACGGAGAGGCUCCGCGACCUCCGGGGCGUGCUCCAAGGUCUUGUGACUGCAAUCACGGCCAAGUACUGGGCGGAGGCCUGGGUGUACUCUGGGCCGGAGCUCCGCGCGCAGUCGAACCUGAACCCCUGGGCGUUUCUCGUUCCCGAGAUGGAGAAGGAGAUGAAGAGCCUGGGGGAGAGUGGCCGAUUCUUCCUCUCCCGCAAUGACGCCGGGACUCUUCACGACAUGUUGCGCUCCAUGAAGACGGUGAAGUCUCAGCUGAAGAUGGAGACUGGGUACCAUCUCUGCAGCAUAGUGCUUCUGGCCAUGGCAGCUGCGUGCGAUGACGCCUGUGCCCAGCAGGUUUUGCUGCUGCAGAAUGGCCUCCAUAUACACUCCCGGGCGCUUGAGACACCCAACAGAAGCAGACCGUGGGACACGCACUUCUACCUCGUAGGGACUCACCAUAAAGCAGGAAGCCAGCUCACACGAAACACCAUGAAGUGGGCCUUUGACUAUCUUGGAGCCAACUACUCCUGCCAGGAGGAGCUUUCGCAACGUGCAACGAUCACUACGGCGGGUGGCCGGCACAAGUGCUUCCUGUCCCCAGACUGCCGCAUCCACUUUGACAACACCAUGUCCCUAGACACCCUGCAGAGGAAUCGGCAACUCGCCGGUGCGGCUGGACUGAAAGUUGUCCAAACGGUUCGGGACCCAAAGGCCAUGCUGGCAUCUGCAUACUGCUACCACCACCGCGGUGAAGAGCCAGGGAAUCCCAUUGCAACCUGGCCCGACAUUAUGACCAUGGGCCCGCUCGAGGGCAUGCGCGACCUCUUCCCAGGAAUGAUGGUGGUCUUCCGCGACAUGCUAGAGAUCUACCAGAACUCGGGCAGGGACACCUACAACUCUCGCUUCGAGGACCUCAGCUACUCAUCGGACAGUUUCGAUGUCCAUGUCAAGACGCUCUUCGACUUCAUGUUCGGAGAUCUUCUCACUGAAGAGGAGCACGAGCACAUCCGUGAACUGGCCAAGCAUGAAGAUCUUCACAGGGGCGAGAACGGCCUUUCUGCAGGCAUAAACCACACCAACAGUGAGGACUGCGAACGAAACACCAGAGCUGUCCUGGAGCAAGCUCCGGACAUGUACGAAGCCGUCCAGGAGAUACGUCAUGCUCUGGGCUAUCUGAGGCGGAAGAGCCAGAUGCAGGGCGAGGAAGCGUGGCAAUUCAUCUCCGAAGAUGCCAUCAGGGAGCUGCUCGAGAGGCUCCUCGAGUUCAGGAAGAACCUCCAGGCUCGCAAGCAAAAAGCCGCGAAGCUGGACAUCCGAGCAGAGCUGACACAGGAGCUUGCACAGUUGCACCCCCAGCUUCGGCAAGGCUACGGCAGCUUGGAACGCAUCAUCAGGUUACCGGACAACUAA